AGUUCAUGAAAUAUUUUAUUUAAUUAAAACCUGGUCUCUAAAUACUGGAGAACGGCGUUAUUCAAAGGACUGUGGAUAUUGUUUCAUGUAUCCAUUGGGUCAGAGGACUGUGGAUAUUAUUUCAUAUAUCCAUUGGAGUUAAUUGUCAUCAGGUUGGUACAGGGAGCCUUACAUGUGUUAAGUCGUAAUAACAAUAGACUUUCAAGUGCCACGAGCGUUGUUUUAAAGUAAGUAAACAGAUACACAGUUACAGAACUAUAUGUAUAGUUUAUAUUUCAUGACCUCUCACUAAGCCAUCACAUUACUACUGAAACAUCUGUAUAUAGUAAUAUAUGAAUCGUAUUAAUGUUCAACCUGUUUUAUAAUAUUUCCUUAUUGGGAAAAAAAACUCACAAAAAAAUGUUAUUAAACCUCCAGAUUUUUAGUUUGAUAUUUUUGUAGCAAUUCAAAAUUUCUCUAAUCUUUUCAGUAAUCUUUUCAAUCUUCACUAGGUCAAAUAUCUUUUUUUUAAAAAAUGACGGACAGCCAAACGUUUGAGAGUUUGAUUGAUGAGCUUGGUGGAAUGGGAAAGUUUCAGUGGUGCGUGGCUCUCUGCAUCGUGUCGUCCCAGUUUACCAUGGGCUGGAGCAUGCUGCAAAUGUCGUUUGCGUCUAUGGUUCCAGACUACACAUGCAUCAUUGGGGAAGGCGGCAACGACACGACAUUCAACGAUACCCUCAAUGUGUGUGACGUGAAUGGAACCAAGUGCUCAAGAUAUCUCUUUCGCGGAUCUGUCCAAACCGUUACCUCAGAAUGGGCCCUGCUUUGUGAUUACAAGUGGGUCAAGGCCACCGUCACAUCCAUACAGAUGGCAGGGGUGUUUUUAGGAGCGCUGGUAGCAGGACAGCUUAGUGACUUGUAUGGUAGAAAGAAAGCUCUUUAUGCCUUUGUAGUGGAACACAUCGUAUUUAACCUGAUAGCGGCUUUCUCUACCUCUUGGAUAAUGUUUGCAGUGAUGAGAUUUUUUAUAGGAAUAGGCAUUGGUGCGGUAGUGGUGGUAGUUUUCCCGUUCUCUAUGGAGUUUUUGCCAUUGAAAUGGCGACCAUUGUUAUCUAUACUACCGUCGUGGACUCUGGGAGUCGCAUUCUUUUCGGCUGCCGCGCUUCUCUUAAAGAACUGGUCAUAUCUACAUAUUGCUUGCGCCAUCUGUUCCAUUCCGUCUGCUGCCACAUUCUUUUUUGUUCCCGAGAGCAUCCGAUGGCUGGCUGUCCACGGACGCAUUCAAGAGGCUGAAGCUGUAUGUGGGAGAAUCGCUCGCCUUAACGGUAAACCUUUGCCUUCGAAGACGUGCCACAUCCUGGAAGAGAUCGAACGAAAUGAAAAAGAGCAACGUAAAAAUGGACGACAGUAUUCCUACAUUGACAUAUUCAGGGGCUGGAAGAUGGUUCGAGUCAGCCUGAGUCUCUUCUGCUUCUGGUUCACCAUGUCCACCAUUUUUUACGGCAUCUCGUUCGGAGUGUCGAGUUUGUCGGGUAACAUGUACUUGAACAUAUUUCUUCUCGCAAUCAUUGAGUUACCGCUGCAGACAUUGACAAUCCUAUUCAACAAUAAAAUCGGGCGGCGGUGGUCCUCCCUAGCGUUUUUCGGAUCGUCCGCGUUCAUCAGCCUGGGUUGUAUCUUGGCUCAGCUUUACGCAAGUGAUGAGUCCCGUGGAGCCUGGAUCAACGGCCUCAGCCUGACUGAAAAAAUGUUGAUCGGGGCCGCCUGGUCCUGCGUCAUGACGUGGGGCUCCGAGCUCUACCCGACGGUGACCAGAAAUCUCGGCUACAGCUUCUCGAACGUCGGGGCCAGGGUCGGAGGGAUCGUCUCACCUUUUAUAAUAAACUUAGAGAAGGACACGAUCACCAGAUCCUACACGAUCAUGACCGUUAUUUUGGCAGUCAGCACGUUCCUCAUGUGCUUUGUUCCUGAAACCAAAGAUACGCUUUUGAAGGACAGCUUGGAUAAAACAUCGGAAGCUGAUCCCACGGUCACCAAAGACGAUGAGAAGCCACAGGAGCUCAAAGUUAUCAAUGACGUCGGCUCUAACGGUCAUUUGGAUAAAAAAGCUCCCCAAGAACUGACCAAGUUUUAAAGCAGUUUAUUGGACAUCAAACUAAGGACUUACAUGUGUGCCCAUUUCUUUAAUGAAAAUUAUUUACUGAUUUCUAUUAAUUAUGUCAGAAAUAUCUUUUUUGUUUGUGUGGGAGCGAUAAAAUGUACUACUUAUUAAACUGUCUUUAUGCAUUUAAAAAAAAAAUCUGCUGUAAAAUAAACUGUAAUUUUUUUUAUUACAAUGACAUGUCAUUUUCUUCUGUUAACUUUGGU